AUGAUUGUUUUAAAUGUGGCUGAAAAACCAUCAGUUGCUAAUUCCAUCAGCAAAAUAUUAAGCACAAGUUGCAAUAAAACCAGGGGAAUGCAUAAAUAUUGUCCAAACAUAUACUUUCAAACCAAAUUUAACUCAGAAAAUUCACAGAUGGUUUUUACCAGUGUGUUGGGUCAUCUCUUUGAAUUUUCCUUUGAAGACCAAGGAAAAUGGAAUGAAAGUAAUCCGAAAGAUCUUUUCAAAGAGGAAAUUAUUGGGAGAAUCAAUCCUGAACAUAAGCUAGCUGCUGAAAAUAUAAAAAAGCUAUCUGAAAGAGCUUCUCUUGUUGUUAUUUGGACAGAUUGUGAUAGAGAAGGUGAGAACAUUGCCAGACAAAUAAAGACAAUCAUUGAAACACACAGGAAAGUGUGUAUAAAAAGAGCAAGGUUUAGUGCUAUUUCAAGAAACGAAAUUGAAUGUGCCUUGGAAAAUUUGACAGAGAUCAAUUUUUUAGAGGCAGACGCGGUGGAUGCGCGCAUUGAACUAGAUUUGAGAAUAGGAUCUGCAUUCACACGAAUUCAAACCAUAUCACAUAACAAUGGCAAUGUUAUUUCUUUUGGACCGUGCCAGAUACCGACACUAAACUUUGUUGUCCAGAGACAUAUUCAAAUUGAAAAUUUUAUAUCUGAAAAAUACUUUUCACUUCAAAAUACAGUUUUAACAGAUCAAAAUAGUAAAAAACAAAACGAUACCAUUAAGAAUGUGUUUGCAUGGGAAAGAAAGCAUUUGUUUGAUAAAAACUGUAUAAUUUACUUCUACAAUGUUCUAAGAAAUUCAAAAGCAGUCAUAUCAGACAAAAAAGUUAGCAAUAAAGAGAAGUACAGGCCAUUGCCACUACGCACUGUGGAAUUUCAAAAAAUAUGCUCAUCAUUUUACAAAAUUGACAGCCACAGACUAAUGAGCAUUGCCGAAAAACUGUAUAAUAACGGUUAUAUUAGUUAUCCUAGGACAGAAACGGAUUCGUUUCCAAAAAGCUUUGGAUUUAAAAACAUUAUAAACAAGCUGAAAAAUGAUCCGAGACUUGGAGAGUAUGCUAGUAACUUUGCUUUUGUAUAUCCUCGAUCGGGAUCCAAUAAUGACCAGGCACAUUCUCCAAUUUAUCCCUUGAAAGACGGAUCCGAUCUUCAGGGAGAUGAAAGAAAGAUAUUUGAAUUUAUUUCAAGAAGAUUCCUAGGAUGCGUAAGUAAGAACGCAAAGGGAGUAGAAACAGAAUAUACAAUGAAUAUAUUUUUCAAUGAUGGGCUAUCACAGCAUGAGACGUUUAAGUGUAAAGGACUUAACAUUGUCGAGAGAAACUAUUUGGAUGUGUACAUCUAUGAUAAGUGGGAAUCUAGCCAAGUAGGGGAUUUUAGGAUAAAUGAAGUUGUUGAGAACAAUGUAGAGAUCAUAGAAGGAAACACAACCAAACCUGAGCAUUUGACAGAAAGUGAUUUAAUUUCCCUGAUGGAUAAGAAUGGGAUAGGAACAGACGCUACAAUACACGAACAUAUCCAUAAAAUUCAGACACGAGGAUAUGUGAAGAAAGAAAAGUUCAAGUUUAUCCCUCUGAAGUUAGGGCUUAAUCUGAUCAAAGCAUACAAUUCAAUAGGAUUGCCAAUAAGUGAGCCAACACUCAGAAAGAAUCUUGAAGAGAACCUUAAGAAAAUAUGUGAGGGAACUAAAAAUAAGAAUGAAAUAGUCAAGAAUGAGAUUCAAGAGUAUUUGAGAAUAUACGAGAAGUUAGAAGGGAGUUUGAACAUUUAUAAGGAAAUAAUGAGAGACAGCGAAGAGCCGAAGAAACCUGAAGGAGGUAGCAUGGAAAAGGACUCAAAGAGAAAGAAGCUUAAAUCCAAUGAGAAUAUCGAGCAUAAAAAAUAUCACUCAAGUAGUGUGAAGAAAAAAGCAAAGAGCAAUGCCGAUGAAUACGCUGAUGUAAAAUUUGAUCAGGGAGUAGAAAACACAACGAACAUAACCAAGGGAAACAACAAAACAGGAAUCAAUAAAGAGGAUUAUUGUAUAUUAACUGAGACUGAACGGUCUAAGAAGCUGCCAAAAGGACAACAGGAACUUUGUGAUUGUGGAAAGGAAGCAAAGCUUCUUGAAGCAAAAAAAGGCGAAAAUACUGGGAGGAUGUUCUUGACAUGCCACUUUUUUCCCAAGAAGUGCAGUUAUUUUUGCUGGGAGGAUAGCCCCAGGCAUGAGCCUGCCAAAGGCAGUGCAACUGAGCGCAUAAUCAAUUGUUUUUGUGGGUACGAAGCACAAAAGAAAAUUGCUAAUACUGAAAGCAAUCGAGGCAGGGAGUUUUACUGCUGUAAGAAAAACUAUAAAAAAUGUAAAUUCUUCCAAUGGGUUGAUGAGUAA